AUGUUUAAAACCCUCUUUUGGAAUGCCAAAGGUGCUGGUAGUGAUGAUAUCAAGUCUGCUAUUACAGACACUGUGAGAAUUAAUUCUAUUGACAUGUUGGCUAUUUCUGAACCCAGGGUUCAAUUCUAUAAAACUAAGGAUGCUCUUCUAAAUCUUGGUUUCUCUAAUUUUAAGAUUGUGGAGGCUAAUGGUUUUUCUGGUGGUUUGUGGCUUUUGUGGAAGAAGAAUCAAGUUAAACUUGAGGUGGUGGAUCAUAAUUUUCAAUCCAUUUCUGCUAAGGUUUUUGUUAGUGGCUCUCCUACUUGGCUUUUGUCUGUUCUCUAUGCUAGUCCCAAUCACUCUUCUAGAGCGGCUCUCUGGGAUUAUUUGGAUUCUUUGCUUGCUACUCAUAAUCUGCCUAGUUUGUUUAUUGGUGAUUUUAAUGAGCUUGUUUCUAGUGUUGACAAGAAUGGUGGACCUUUCCAUGGUAGAUUUGGUGGUCUCAGAAGUUGGGUUAAUAGAAAUGGUCUUAUUGACAUGGGUUUUAUUGAAUCCUGUUGUACCUGGUCUAAUAACAUAAUCAAAGAACGGCUUGAUAGAGGGUUCUGCAACUGUUCAUGGAAGGAGGCUUUCCUUGAAGCUUUCAUUCAACACCUUCCUAAAACGAGAUCUGAUCACUGCCCUAUUUUGCUACAACUUAACUAUAAUAACUCUAUUAAUAAGGAUGCUACUCUUUUCAGGUUUCAAGCCAUGUGGCUCUCUCAUGAGAAGUAUUAUGAGUUUAUUGAUUCUUCAUGGAAGGUUUUAUCUGGUGAUUUUGUUUCUAAAGUGCAUGUUAUGUCUUAUGCUGUUGCAAAAUGGAACAAAGAUGUAUUUGGGCAUAUUUUCUAUAUAUAUAAAAAGUGA